AUGGAGUCUUGCUUAAACUUCCUCGACCCGCCGGCCGUUAUCACGCCAGAAGACCUGUCUUUGACGGAUGGCGAAUCCUUCCCGUCCCACAUGCAUCCCUAUACCAGGGACCGGACAUCCCAUAUGCGCCAGCAUCUGUCCUGGAUUGAGGAUCAUGCUAAGGGUCACUAUAUCCCAUGCUCGCCCAACAUCCACGCCAACGAGCCCUUCUCGGCCUACAAUGCCGGUUGUUUCUCUAUGGACUACACGAUGAACUUCCCGACGGGUGUCAAUAGCAUCGCCUACUCGCAUUCAGAUCGAUUCCUGUCGCCGCCGCCAUGCACCGGUCAUCCGCCGUCGUCUUCGGGGUUGGAAAGUCCCCGUAGUAGUAGCCUUGGUGACAUAGGUUGCUAUCUUCCGCUAUCCUACCCUUCUGGCGAUGUCAUGUUCCCUCUUAAGAACUAUUACCCUUCUCCGCCGGAUUUGACGUCGGCCCCGCCGAAUGUCUUGCAGAUCGAGCCGGAUAACUCUUCACACGACCUGUCCAUGGGGAAUGAAAUGAUUUUCCCUUUUGACGACGAGAACCUCUGGGGUGAUGGCACAGAACACGGCGAACCGUCUCAACAGGAUCCAUCGGUCUUGGAAGAGACACCAACAACACGCGAGAUCAUCCCGAGUGGCCGACCCAAGACUCUCCGCAGACCUACGAGUAGCAAAGGGUCGGCUAGCAGAGCGUCGAUGCACGGCAUUCAUAAAUCACGCACCAAAACCCGCUCACUAUCUACGAAAUCACCCCCCAACCGAAAAAUCUCAACAACACCCGUCAAGUCAGAGAAAUUGAUCGUCACCGGCGGACGACAAUUCAUCUGCAGCCUCGCCCACUACGGAUGCACCAGCACCUUCAGCUCCAAGAACGAAUGGAAACGACACAUCACCUCCCAACACCUCCAACUAGGCACCUACCGCUGCGACAUCGGCGAUUGCAACCUCCACCGAACAUCUUCCUCCCUCGACCUCCCCAAACGAACCCGCCCCAAUCACCGCACAACUCCCAGCCAACAAAAAGAGAAAGACUUCAAUCGCAAAGAUCUCUUCAUCCAGCAUCUCCGCCGCAUGCACACACCGCAAUCUGUCAGCAGACACGACCCCUCCACCAAAGAGGAAGAGGCCCUUGCCUCGCAACGCUGCUGGCAUCAACAGCGCCAGCCACCGCAGCAUAGUCAGUGCGGCUUCUGCAACCAGGAGUUCAAUGGAGAGAGAAGCUGGGACGAACGGAUGGAGCAUGUAGGAAAACAUUUCGAGCGAGAUGAAAAACUCCCGGAGGCGGAGGUUGAGGAUAUCUAUUUGAGGGACUGGGCGAUCCAAGAGGGAAUUAUUCGGUGGGAACAGGAUGGGUUGGUUUUGGCUCUAUAUUAUCAUGACCAAUAA